AUGGUUUACUGCUGGCAAAAAGGGAAGGAUUCAGUCAUUUUUGUGACCAAAGAAGAUCAUGAAACUCCAAGCGAUGCAGAGCUAGUGGCUGAUGAUCCCAAUGAUCCAUACGAGGAGCAUGGGUGGAUCCUGCCAAAUGGAGACAUUAACUGGUACUGCCGGUGCCUUGGUGGAAUGGCUAGCGGUCACUGUGGGGAACAGUUCAAGUCAGCCUGUUCCUGCUUCCACUAUAGCAUGGAGGAUCUCAAAGGGUCAGUGACCGCUUGCCUGCCUGAUUGCCCCUAA